GGCCUCUCCCCAAACCGGAAGUUGAUGUGGUUGCCCAGGAGACCCGACGUCUCUCUCAGGCCUCCGCAUCACACUUAGCUGAGCCCACAGAGGCCCUGCAGGCGGGCGCCCCGUGGCGGAGCGAGCUGAAGCUGCAGCUUGGGACGAGUUAGGAGGUAAGAUGCAGCCGAGCCGUCACGAGGAAUUGCUGGCCGAGAAACGCAAGGUGAAGCGAGUGAUGCUGGGAGGUUUAGUAACCCCGGGUGGAGCCAGCCUGGAAGCCAUGGCCUGCCUGGGCACCUCCCCAAACCCAAGAUGACUGUGCCCUCAAAGCAGACCACAUGGGAUGCUGCAAACUGUGUCCCAGGCCAGGAAGCCACUCGGAACUGGUGUCACAGGGACAGGGAGGGAGGAGAACUGCCCCGACCAGGCUGAGCUGUAACAGAAGCAAGAAGCAGGCGUGUCUGAGAAAACCCAGCACCCACGAAAGGAAGGAGAGGGAGAUGACCCGACUGUCCACCUCUAGAGGGGAAACCUUUCUAAAGUCAAAGCUGUUUUGGAGUAAAGCGCUGAUGCAUAAAACACGCCGUGACCUCACCCAUCGUGUCACCGCAGUCUGGGCUUCAUCCUCUCUAACCUGGACUCUGUAUCAUCGCCUCCCUGGUCUCCCUCCCUCUUGCACUCCCGCUUCCCUCGCAGUCCUCAAUCCUCCACACAUGGAGCAACCACGCCGACUUCAAACUGCAAGAUCACGUCAUCCUCCAGCAAGGCCUACUGUGCUUAAAUGGUCCAGGAUAACUCUCCAAGGAGAUGGUCAGUGGCUAAGAUGCUGUGUUCCCAACGCAGGGGGCCCAGGUUCGAUCCCUGGCCAGGGAACUAGAUUCCACAUGCUACACAAGGACCUAUCCCACAUGAAGAUACUGCAUGCCACAGGAAGUAAGGGAGCUGGAGAAGAGCAUCUGGGGAGGCGGCAUCUAUUGGUCCGACAGAUCCUUCCUCAUUGAGGAAACAGCCCGCGGGAGAGCUGAUGUAUUCUACCAGCCUGGGCCCCCCACUACUGCUGCAACUAUUCCCGGAAUCCGCACCCAUUCUUCAUCCUCUGGAGACUGGCACACAGUUGAGUUUAGCAGAAGGCACAAGAACUGGCAAAACUGGUAUUUCCAAUAAAAGUCACAUGGGUAGGGACAUGAAAAUGUUGACCAGAUGUUCCCAUAUUUAACCUAACGUAUUUAAACCAAUACAAAGCUCUUAUUAGAAGCCAUUACCUACACAGGGAUGGGCUUCGCCAGUGGCUUCCGCCUGCAAUGCUAGAGACCUGGGUUUGAUCCCUGGGUCAGAAAGAUUCCCUGGAGGAGGGCGUGACAACCCACUCCAGUAUUCCUGCCUGGAGAAUUUCAUGGACAGAGAAGCCUGGCAGGCUUCCAUGGGGUCCCAAAGAGUCGGACACAACUGAGUGACUAACACUUCACUUCAACGGGAUAACAUCAUUUUUAGAACAGUGGUUUUAAGACCAACUUUAUCCAAAUGUGGAAGUGCCUUUAGGGCAGGGACUCGUCUUCUGUUUCUAUUCUGACAUGUUUACUCCAGGGCUGCGCACCUCUCAGGGAUGACCAGAGCCUGGGUGCUGCCUGCUCUUGCAACAUUUUCCAUCAUUCCAGCAACAACCGAACUUCAUCAGUCACAGAAGCCAUUUCUGGACUGAGUGAAACCCUCUUUUUGUUUUGUUAUCCAAAUAUAACCAAGAACUUAAAUCCCAUCCUAGCUUCUCACUCCUUAUUUACGGGUGAAAGAAGGGAACAAGACACGCGACCUCACGGUUUACCCCCUUCCCUCCUAUCCAUCCCCACUUCAAGUACAGGGCGAUUCAGCCUCCCUCCAUGGAGGACACGAUUCUGAUCAGCCAAGUGAAAGGAAAAGUUCCUCCCCACUCGCUAGCGCCCAGAGCCAGUGCCUAAGAAAGUGACCCUCGC